AAUGAUGCUUAUUGUUCGUAAAACCUAACACGUCUAUUCCAUUCAAUAUGAUUUUGAUAUAGAAGAGAUAAGCUGCACUGCAUUGCUUUGACUCCAACCCCCCCCCCCCCCCCCCACCAUACCGCCUCCCCCUCCCACCCUAAUCUCCAGAUUGCCGGUGCCUCUUUGCAGCAAGCAAGCAAGCAAGCAUCCAGUCCAGUCCACGACCGCCGCACCCGGGACCCCCCAAACACCACGUCCACAUGAGACAGACAUGCUCGCCUUCGUGCUGGUGUCCGGCUCGCUGUGGAUCCUCUUGGAGCUGAGUUCGACGCUGAUGGAGAAGAUGCAGGGUCAGGAGAUGCUAAGUGGUCUGAGGGUGCCGGACAUGGCGGAGCUGGGCCACUUCUUCAGCUCGCUGCCCACAUCCACGCUGUUGGGAAUCGGCGCUCUCGCCGCUGUGCUGGCCUACUGGCUGGCCACCAGGCCUCGCCCCGUCAAACCGCCAUGCAAUCUCUUGCACCAGUCCGAGGAGGUGCCGCGCCAAGAUGGCGGUCGUAGGUCCAUGAUGGGUGACGCUUCCGAGCUGCUGACUCAUUACCACGACGACGCGAGGACAAUGUACGAGGUCUUCCAGCGAGGCCUUCAUAUAUCAGGCGACGGGCCUUGCCUGGGCUCUCGACUCCCCAACCAGCCUUACAAAUGGCUGUCCUACAAAGAGGUCACGUCCCGGGCCGAGCAUCUGGGAUCGGGCCUGCUACACCAGGGAUGCAAGGCCAGUCCAGACCAGUUCAUCGGGGUCUUUGCUCAGAACCGGCCUGAGUGGAUCAUCUCGGAGCUUGCGUGCUACACGUACUCCAUGGUGGUGGUGCCCCUUUAUGACACGCUGGGUCCCGACGCCAUACGUUUCAUCAUCAACACGGCCGACAUCUCAACGGUGAUCUGUGACAAGGUGGACAAAGCUCAAGUGCUGCUAGCCAACGUGGAGCGCGCGGAAACGCCGGCCUUGCGCCGCAUCAUUCUCAUGGAUGCCCUGGACGCCGUCCUGGUUGAGCGCGGACGCGGCUGCGGUGUGCACGUGCAAGCCCUGCUGGAAGUGGAGGCGCUGGGCAGAGAUAACCAUCGAAAACCUUUACCGCCCUCACCACAGGACCUUUCUAUUGUGUGCUUCACCAGUGGAACAACAGGAAACCCGAAGGGGGUGAUGCUCACUCAUGGGAACGUGGUGGCCGAUUUCUCUGGCUUUCUCAAAGUGACAGACAAAGUGAUUUUUCCCAACCAGGACGAUUGCCUCAUUUCCUUCCUGCCGCUGGCUCACAUGUUCGAGAGGCUCAUCGAGUCGGUGGUCUACUGCCACGGGGGGCGCAUCGGAUUCUACCAAGGCGACAUCCGCUUGCUGCCUGAUGAUAUGAAGGCCCUGCGGCCCACCAUUUUCCCCGUGGUGCCCCGCCUGCUCAACCGUAUGUACGACAAGAUCUUCAGCCAGGCCAACACCCCGUUGAAGCGCUGGCUUCUCAACUUUGCCGCCCAGCGAAAAGGCGCCGAAGUCAGCAGCGGCGUCAUUCGCAGCGACAGUAUUUGGGACAAAAUUUUCUUCAGUAAGAUUCAGGCCAGCCUGGGUGGCAGACUGAGGAUGAUCAUAACCGGGGCAGCUCCCACAUCGCCCACUGUGUUGGGGUUCCUCAGGGCAGCUUUAGGAUGCCAGGUUUACGAGGCGUACGGGCAGACGGAGUGCACGGCUGGCUGCACCUUCACCACGCCGGGAGACUGGACGCCAGGUCACGUCGGCGCUCCGCUGCCUUGCAACCUCAUCAAGCUGGUGGAUGUUCCGGAGAAGAACUACUUUGCCGCCAAAGGAGAGGGUGAGGUUUGCGUGAAGGGACCAAAUGUGUUCAAGGGCUACCUCAAAGACCCCGAGCGGACCGCCGAGACACUGGACCCGGACGGCUGGCUCCACACCGGCGACAUCGGCAAAUGGCUGCCCAACGGCACCCUGAAGAUCGUGGACAGGAAGAAGCACAUCUUCAAGCUGGCCCAGGGCGAGUACAUCUCUCCCGAGAAGAUCGAGAACAUCUACAUCCGGAGCGAACCCGUGGCCCAGCUUUACGUGCACGGAGACAGCCUCCAGUCCUGCCUGGUGGGGAUUGUGGUGCCCGACCCGGAAGUCAUGCCCACGUGGGCCAAGAAGAAAGGCAUCUUAGGCACCUACAAGGACCUGUGUAAAAACACAGAACUUAAGAAGGCCAUCCUUGAGGAUCUGGUGCGUCUGGGCAAGGCCGGCUCUCUGCACUCUUUUGAGCAGGUGAAGAACAUCUACAUCCACAGCGAGAUGUUCUCCAUCCAGAACGGUCUGCUGACGCCCACGCUAAAGGCCAAGCGGCCCGAGCUGCGGGAGUUCUUCAAAGAGAAGAUCGAGCAGCUCUACAGCACCAUCUCCAUGUGAGGGCAGACCUCCAAAACCACAGUAACGCACAUUCAAGAACAAACAGCAAAAAAAAAAAAAUUAAAAAAAAGUCACCCUCCGUGCAUCCAGAUCGACCUCGACGUGCUGUAGAGUUUUCAUUCAAACAUCCAAAACAUGAACUUUUUGUGGGUUCACUCAAGGAUACCUCCUGCCUUACCAGUCAUGGUGGCCAUUUUGAGGCACACCCACCCACCACGCUUCUCUUUCCUGUCCUUCUUUUUUUUUUUGCACAAAACGAACGACGAAGAGGGUAAAAGCAGGACUUGUUGGGGCAGUGCAUGCAGUUGCCCUGCUGUGAAAACACAGACUGACCAUUCACUUUUAAUUAAACAGGACCUUGUAUUUUUUUUUUUUUUAAACCACACACGAGUAAUGUAGAAGCUGUUCAAGAUUGCUCCUUGUCCCAAAGUGUGGAAACGAAUGAUGUAUGUGAUGUACGUGAGGACAGCUACGCUAUAGAUGUAAGCUUAUUUAUUGACAAUUCAAGUUGGCAGUUUGAAUGGGAUUUUUAUUAAUUUUUAUUCUUUUAAUUGUGUGUGUGUGUAGUGGGACAAACGUAUUUAUUUUUCUUUUCUUCUGCAGUCGAAUCAGCAGCAUAUCCUUGUAAUAAUAAUCCUAAUAAUGAUGACGACUGGGGACAGGAGGGAGACCAGGUUCAUGAAUUAAAAAAAAAAACAUCCUGGAAUGAUUUUAAA